AUGGACUUAUCCUCGGACGCGGAUCUGCAAUAUCGUUUAGAUCGUCGCUCUGAUCAUCACAGAAGGGGAAAUAUCCCAUCUGCAUCUCUUUCCAAUGCCACGGACUCGGGAAUCGGCUCGGCUUCUGUUGCUUUUGCGUCGGAUGCGCAUUUUGUAAAUGAGGAUGAGGAUGAGAAUGCCGAUUUUCAUUUGUCAAGAACUGAUGAAAAAAUUCAAAAUCUCGAACAGCCUCCCUCCCAAUCGUUCCGGAAUGCCCAUGAUAGUCUCAGCCCUGAUGCCAAUCAUCCGGAUGAGGAUGGAGCUGAUAAUGAUCAGACGAAGGGACAGAAGAAAGUAAAAGCUCCGAGGUUGUAUCAUAAGAAAUCGAGGAAUGGGUGUCAGAGAUGUAAGGCGAGACGUGUCAAAAGAAAGUUCUCUGACCAAAUGAUUUUUCUUUCAUCGUUUCGCAAUUAUGGGUUUACUUUUGCAUUGUGA